AUAUUUUGUAUUUUAUGUAACCAUACCUACGGUAACAUAUCACAUUUACAUUUACUAUGUUACGUCUAGUCUAUGAGACCAGUCUGCCUACACAGCUAGUCUAUACUUCCAUCGCCUGUCAUUUGACUGUCAAAUAUUUUUAUGUUCACCUGUUGCAAUACCCCGGUAUGGAGCUCAUCAUGUUCAGAGGGUUGGCUGUAGGUGGAGUUACGGUCAAAUAUUUGGUGGUCCUGUUCCUCUUCGAAUUGGCUUCUAUCUUCUCAAAGAACCGAGGGGUUGAAUGAGAAUGGUAUACACUAGGCUAUGUGUCAGGCGUUUUACACAGAACAGAAGAAAGUGUAACCCAGUUUGGAUUAUUUAUUCCUUUUUGGAUGAAUGCGGAGACGCGGUGCGCCCUCGUUGAAUGGGAGGGAGGCUGCCUUUACGCACCAAAUGAAGUCAUGAACGGCAGAACGAUGAAGUCAUCGCCUGCACUUGCAGCUAUAAUCUCUGUGCACUGAUCGAUCGAUGUACACACACAGAUGAGGGGUUCUCACCGUUUUGGGAAGUGGGUCAUGGAAUAAUCGGUUCACCUAUUUUCUUUGAAAGGCCAUAUGUGAAAGCUUGGGUUUGAGAGUUAAUUUGUCUGUUCAAUUGGUAUGCUACUGUCGCCUGAUAAAAACGUUUGACAUGUUGAGAUUCGUUUUUGGACACAGAUAGUGACAACAUUUAUUGUAAGAAUAGGCUAUAGCCUACAUUUCCAUUUUGCGUGAUGCAGAUCAAAUGUGUGCUGUCAGGUUUGUGUGGUAACCUACAGUUUUCAAUAGACCUAAAUCAAGAUUGAAACAUCAGAAAGAUGUGCUCGUUUUGGAAAUAUAUCAAAGUACGGAAUAAAACAUACUGUAAAACAUGUUGCUCUGAGAAAUUGGACGUUGUUGUCAUUCAUGGUGUAGCGGAGAACGAAGCAAUUUGAGACAUGGAUAAAUUUCUGCAGAUCGCGCCUCACUCCCUGGGCAUAGUGCUGUCUCGGGUUGGCGCCGAGGAGUCGCCCGCGGUAACUGACAAGCUCCAGCAACAUCACACGGGCUACGAGAUAUUUGCCGAUUUCAAAGCCGUCAACAUGCAGCACUUCUGGAAUAAGAAAGUGACCGAUGCGAUAUCGGAGACUUUCUUCCUAGGCUGGAUUGACCAGGAUGUCCUGCUAAUCCAAGGGAAGGAACACCACCUCGAGGGGCUCAGAGAUGGAUGGACGAGGCGGGCCCUCAAACCGCCCGGAGGGUUCGAGAUCAAGUGCAUCGGCUUCUAACAGAGGGGCUACGAGAAGUGUCCCAUGCAGGAAGGAAAGUCGAGUGUCUGUUCAGGAAAGGAACCAUGCUAAACACUGAAGCACUCUCCCCGAUGGAAGGAAGAGGAGGGGCCUGGAAGAGAGAAUUGGGGGAAACGAUAGACAUCACAGAAAUUAUUCUGGCAGUAUAUCCCAAGUGGUAACAGGAAUGACUCUGGCUGUAUUUCCAAAAGGGUGACAGGAAUUAGUCUGACAGAUUUUCCCAAGAGGUGGGUUGGAGCCCCACUGAUGCGUUGAGAGGAAUUCCUCUCUAGGGUUGCAACUUAAGACUGGGUACCGUCCAGAAACAUGCUUAAUUAUUUUUAUUUUUUAUUUCACCUUUAUUUAGCCAGGUAGGCUAGUUGAGAACAAGUUCUCAUUUACAACUGCGACCUGGCCAAGAUAAAGCAAAGCAGUUCGACACAUA